CCCGCAUACGUUUUGCAGCACUCCAACGCCUGGUGUUGUAAUUUUUCUUGUCGCAAGGUGAAAACGAUUUAAACGGUUUUCGACAGUGAAAAGUGCAGCAAAAUGCUCGAAUUGCACAGAAAAGUUUAGAUGAAAGCGGCGUUUAUUCGAUUUCGUCGCGGCAGUAGUGAAAAAACGUCCCAAAGUGCAUGAAAAAUGUGCCUGAAAAUUUUACUUUGUGUGUAGCCACACGCACUCCAACACACACUCGCACACACACACACAGACAGAGGGAGAUAAACGCAGCGAUGGCCUCGCAGUCGCACUCGCACAUAUAAAAAAGCUCGCUUGUAUAUUGUAUAUUGGAAGAAGGAGCCCACAAAGCAGAAGACGAGAGGAAAGAUUUCUGUGUCAUUGAACGAAAGAAAGAGAAAGAGGAAAGGAAGGAGCCGCAAAAUCCUACUCCUCUUCCAACGACCGCAGGUGCACACUCUUCCAAGGAUAUCCCUCUCUCGGUCGCUCUCUUUGCCUCGAUCGAUACUGCUUGCCCGCGUCGAAUCAGAGGAUUGAGCAAGAUGGACGUCAAGCCAAGAAAACACGUAGUUUUAUGACUCUGAGUGGCCGCCAAGCCAGUCAUCCGUCGCACUAGAGAGCUAGAAGCCAGACUCCCAAAGAGGAGCAAGAGCAGCCAGUGAGCAGGAGAAGGAGCAGGAGUAGCCAGGAGCCACAGAUAGAGCAAACUAAAGCCGUCAUCAUGGUCGACAACAGCGUUCAGUGCCCCGUGUGCACUUUGUACCUGCAUGCGGGCAUGAAUCUCUCCGAUCACUUGGAGACCCAUCCCAAGGAGCAGGUGAUCAAGGCGCUGGUGCAGAUGACGAUCGUCGGGAGCGGUGGCAACAGCAUGGGCAGUGUUCUGGCUGCCGCCAUGCUGGCAGGAGGAACUGGGGGUGGAUCCAGUGGUGGCGAGGCCAGUGCGGCUGAUGAGAAACCAGCAGUUUCAUCAUUGCCUUCUGCUGGCGAUGUCAAACCAGUUGUGGCCAAAACCAUAUCAGCAGCAUUACCAGCUGCGCCUGUGGUGCCGCCAGCACCGCCACCGCUCUCCUCCUCCCACGUGGCAGCCUGCUCCAACGGAGCCGCCUCCUCCACAUCCAGCUCCACACCCACCUCCCCCUCCGCAAGCAGCAGUAACAGCAACAAACCGAGCAAUCCACCGAUGAAAGCACUGAAAUGCGCACCGCCCACGACUGAGGCGCGAGCCAACACAUCCGCACAUCCCACCACGAGCAGCGUGUCCACUUUGUACCAGCCGUCGCAGGUCACUCCGGAUUAUCGCUUCAACCCGCAGCAGCAUCAGCAGCAACAGCAGCCACAGACGACGGCCUUUGGGCGUGGUGUUAACGGCUCAGCAGCGACGCUGGUGAUACCACAGGUGCCACAGCAGCACUUCCUCGCCAGCCAUCAGCAGCAGGCUCACUUCACCCAUCAGCAGCAGCCCCCGCAGCAGCAGCAUCAGCAGCAGCAACAGCAGCAGCCUGCCCUUAAAUUCAGCUACGCCACAUCUUUGCCCCCACCUCCGCCGCUGCAGCUUUUUACGCAGCAACAGCCGACGGCUGCCCCUUCGCAGUCGCAACAUCAGCAGCAGCAGCAAUCGCACCAGAAACCACCUCCCGCCUACGGAGCCGCCAUCAGUCAAAUACGAUCUCAGCACAACCAAAACAAGCAGCAGCCACAGUCUCAAAAUGUGGCCGUGCACCAUAAUUUAGCCCUGGCACCACCGACGACAGCAGCGGGUUCAACUCCCCUUGCAACUGCAACUGGCAAGCAGCUCAGUAAGCCGCUGGCGGAAGUAUUCCUGAAUCCCCCACCACCGCCACCGGCACAGCAACAGGUGCAGGUCCACAAUUUGGUACAGCAUCAGGCCAAUCAAAAUCAAAAUCAGCACCAUCAACAUCCGCACCACCAGCAGCAGCAGCCGAACCAACAGCUGGCCACAUCGUCCUCCGCCAGGUUGCAGCAGCAUCAUCAGCAGUCGCCGAGCUUGCAGGCUUAUGGAUCUAGUGUCAGCAGUACCUGCAGCUCCUCCAACAACCCAUCCACCUCGGCAUCUGGUCUGCGGGCCAAUCGUCAGACAAAUUCUCCGUUUGGAGCCCUGCUCAAUGCUGCGGCAGCUGUGGCCUGCGCAUCGCCAGCCUCCUCCAGCGCCUCCUCGUCGGUGUUGCGCUUUGCUGAGUCGCCGGUGGCCCAUUACCUGGAGCGCGAGAACGGAGACUUCAUUGUCCAGGAGACGCCAAAGCAUAUUGUGGAGUGCGUGGAGAAGGAGGACGGGGAGUUCUCCGUGAUCGAGCGCAUUUACCAAUCCCCGCCGAGUGUCCUCCACAUACACGAUGACGAUGAGGACGAAGAGGAUGAGGAAGAAGAGGACGACCACGAUGCUCCGCCGGAGGAGGAGGACGGUGACGAUGAGCGGGAGGAUAACAGUCACAGCCGGAACAUAAGCAAAACAACGAAAAAGGCUCGCAAGACAAAGCCGAAGCGAAGCUCUAAGCGCGUCUCGGACGAGGAGGAGUUUAUGAGCCUCAGCAGUGGUUGCGAAAGUGAGCUGGAAAGGGAGCGUAAGCCGGAGCAGCCGAGUAUGGCGACACCGUUGCCUCCUCCACUUUCCACAGCACCUUCUACGAGCACUGCUGGUGCGUUCACUUCCUCCUCAAAUCAAGCGGAGAAUCAUUCCAAUUCCGCCUCCAACUCCGCCUCCAAUUCCAACACUAUCACCACAACAAAGUCCAAGAAGAAUCGGAUUACAGUGCUCAGCGAUGUGCCGCUGAAUAUGAAUGAGUAUCUCGAUUUGAUGGGCAACAUAGUGGCCUCCAGUCGCAUUGGGGCAGGUCGUCCCUUUGCCGCUGUGGCUCCCAUACCACUCGUCAAGGUGGAGAAGGAGGAGCCCUUGGACGACUACGACAAUGUGGCGGUGGCAGCGCAGCAGCUGGAGCAGAAGCCCAGCCUGGAGCACGGCACCACCAGUGUGAUUCGCAUGGCAAGCACGGCCACCGCGACGGCGUCCGCAACGGCGACUGAAGUGCCUCCCGAGGAUCUCACCCAGCCGCCGCCCGUGAAGGUUGAGGUGGAGCCCAACACUACACUGCUACCGCAGCGUUUCACCACUCCCGCACAGCAACGUGGCCCCAAGAAAUUAGUCAUCAAACCAAAAGCAACAGCACCAGCGACAGCGACGUCAACGAAAAAGACUGACACCCCAUCUUCCUCCAACAGCAACCCAUCCAUAUCAAGAGAUCUGGUGCAGGUGAAGAGUGAGACCCAGGAGGCUUCAGCGCCUAGCAGUAGCAGCAGCAUUCUGGAGAAGCACCUUACCGCCAGUCGCAAACUGCUGCACCAUCAUUCGGCGGCGAACGAUGACGAUGCCCGGGUGCUGUUGGAGUUUGCAAACUCAAAGCAACCGCCACCACUGGCCGCUUCCAGCACCACUUUCGUGGUGAAUGCCAGUGUCGGCUUUCCCUCGGCGGGAUCGGUCUUUGCCAGCAGCAGCAGCAGCUCCUGCCCCAAAAUGACGGCGGCAGCGGUGGCGACGGCCAAGCCAGGCGAGGAGUACAUCCUGCCGGACAACAACAUGGAUGUGGAUGAGAUUGUGAUAUCCUCGUCGUCUUCCUACACCUCCACAGCGGCCCAGGUGCAGGCCACGCUGCAGCCGCCGGACUUCAACUUUCUGUACCACCAGACCACAACCACGGCCACAACGGCCACCUACUUCAACCCCUUCUCCAGGCAGCAGCAUCACCCGCAGCACCAGCAGCAUGGGGUGAGCGAUGCCACCAAUGCGGCCACCCUGGCCUCGUCGUCCAGUAAUUCCAUGGAUCACGACUCAAUGAAUGCAACAUUCCGCGUGGCCAAGACACAGUCGCUGCAGUCGUGGUACCAGCAGGAGCAGGAACACGAUGCCCAAAAUCAGGGGGGAGCGGAGUCGGGAACAGGGACACCCUCCAAUCAGAGCCACGAUGUGGUCAGCCACCAGCCCACCAAUUUUAAUGCCGCUCUGGCGGCAGUCGAUUGCUGUAGCGUUGCCCUGGAUGAGGAUGCCAAGUAUCUGGAUCUGGACGCCUGCAAACGAGAGCAGUUGAGCAGCAGCAGUAACCUGCCCUCGGCCUCCGCAUCCACCACGUCGUCCUCCUUCGCCGGCGCUGGAACGGAGAGCAGUUUGGUGGGUGGCCUGAACAUCCGCACCGAUGAGAAGAUGCCCGCCAAGGGUGAAAUCUCCGAACAGGAGAGCAACUGCGACAUCGAGAACUCCUGGAGUGAAUCGGUAUAUGGGGAUAUUUCUCAGCGGUAUUUCAGGAACCAAUUUUCAGGCGGCUACAAUCCCGACUGGCGACAGGAUUACUACCCGGUUCAGGAUCUCAGCGCCCAGCAGAGGGAGCAAAAACGUUUCGAGUUCAAUGCGGUUGAUGAUGAGGCUUCAUCCAGCUCCAGAAAGAGUCAACUAAUGGAUGUCAUCCCUACUGCGGCCACCUCCACCACAUCCGCGUCUUCGGCUUUGUUGGCGGGUCCACCAAUAGCUUCGACAUCUCGGGCUGCCGCAGAGGCAGCAGCGGAGGCGGCUGCUCUAGCGCAGCGGAAACCACAGCGUCGCAAGCUGUACAAGUGUCCCCACUGCGAGGCGAUCUUUGAAAAGCUCAAAGAGCGCAAUGCGCAUAUGAUUGGCGAGCACAACUACGUCCGGCAGAACCGCCGGCUCAUUUGUACUCAGCCGCAGGUCAGCGCUUCAAUGUUGCCACCGCAGCAGCAGAUGAUCCUGCAGUCAGGCGAUGGUCUGCAGGAGGAUUCCAAGGAUGGCAUUGUCAAGAUAAAGCAGGAGCAGUGCCAGGAGAAGCAGGAGGUGGAGCAUAUGCACGCCCAUGCCGACUUGCUGUCGGAUGUCAAGGACUCCGAGCUGCUGGGCAUCGGUGGUGAUGGCGACGGGGAUGUGGAUGGCGACAUAAAGCCACCAAGCCAGCUGGAUGAGAAGCCCACGCUACCGCCGCUGGCCAUGACAACGCCGGCCGCCAAGUUGGCUGCUCUGUAUCGCAUGCUCAUCGCCUACAAUGAAUCCAAGCUCGGUCAGGAGCGCAACAAUCUCAGCGAGCUGGAGCAGAAGGCCAUGGAGAAGUCCAUCUUUCUGUGCUACGUCUGCCGCACCGACUUCCCGUCCGUAAAGCUCUACGACGCCCAUCUCACCGAGCAUCCAGCUGAGUGCUUUACCUGCGGCAAGAAGUUUUAUCGCUGGAAAAACUUCUCGUUGCACUUGAAGCGACACUUGGGCUGGAAGGAGUUUGGAUGUUACGUCUGCGACAAGAAGUUCGUGGUGCGCAGUGCCCUUGUCGAGCACAUGCGGAUGCACACGGGUCAAACGCCGCUCAAGUGCAAGAUAUGCGGCAAAAAGUUUAAGCGCUACUCGAAUCUGACGCAACACCGCAAGCGACACACCAAAAUGAUGGUGCGCAAAAAGGAGUAUGUUUGCCACUGCGGCGAGGUGCUGCCCUCGAAGGCGCGCUUCCUGUGGCACAAAGAGACGCACGACCUGAAGCCCAAGUGCUGUCCGUAUUGCUGCGAUCGGUUCGUGCACGCCAAUUCGCUGCGUCGUCAUAUUCGGCUGGCGCACUCUGACAAGUUCGACUACGCCGAGCCGAUGGAGUGUCCAAUGUGCAAGCAGAUUUUCGCAAAGACGUCUAUCAAGGCGCACAUGGCGACGCAUUCGACAGAGCCGCAGUACGACUGCGCAAUCUGUAGCAAGAGCUUCUCCACCAAAUGGAAUCUCAAGAUUCACUCGUGGGUGCACGCCAACCGGACGGCCAAGCCCUUCAAGUGCGAGUACUGCCCCAAGGCGUUCGUGCGGGAGCUGGACUUCAAGAACCACAUAAACGCGCACAAACAGAUCAAGCCGUACACGUGCGAGUACUGCGGUUGCAAGUUCAUCCGCAAGUACAACUACAUGAGGCACCGGCGCGAACAUCAUGGCACCAAAAAGUUCACAUGCGACCAGUGCGACAAGUCCUUCCAUCGACACUACUAUCUGAUCGAGCAUCGGCGCAUGCACACCGGGGAGCGGCCGUUCACUUGUACCAUCUGCGGCAAGAGCUCCACCACGAAGACCAACCACAACAAGCAUCUGAAGAUCCACCACUCGCGUGAUCCCUUCACUGUGGAGGCCUAAAGGGGGCUCCGUAUCAUCGGGCUUGGAAAUCGAACUAAAGUUUAAUAUAAUCAUUACCUAGGUAGUUGUUCAUGACUCUUCUCUGUGUGUACUGUGUGUCUGUGGUUAAAACAACAAAACAAAAGAAAACAACAAAUUAGUAUUACUUAUCGAACUAUAUAUUUAGUUUAUAUAUGCGAUUGCCAACUCUUGUUGAAUAAGCAAACAAGAAACCAUUAUCACAAUAAUUAAAUUUUACUAAUCAUACAUUUUGGAUGUGGUUUAAGAACGUAGCUAAAUGUGAAAGUGAACCCCAUUCUCUUCCUCCCAAUUCGAAUCGCAAUUCGCGUCAACCGCUUUAAUCCCGUUUAGGUUUUAGUUUUAAAAACUCUUUAGUGAAAUGGCAUACCUAGUUCAGUGCAAUAUACAUCGAUUAAUUACUAUAUGCCGCGAUACUUUUCAUUUCUGUAGCUUAGUUCGUAUUAAGUUUAUUCAUUUAUCUAUCUAUGUGUAGGAAAACAUACUAGUUUAAUAUAAGUUAGCCGCAAUUGGUUUUAAAUUUUCGAGUUUUUCCAAAAACUUGAGCACAUUCUAAACAAAGGACACAUACACAGAAAACGAUCACCCAUCUAACAACUUGUUAUAUAAUUUGUAUUUUUCUAAUUGAAGAGAAAGCUCUUUGCCAGCAAUCGAACGUAAGCGAACACAACUGUCAUAUUGGAUAAACAAUUUCGAUGUACGUAGCAUAUUUUCCAUUUAUAGUAGUUGCAACUUCUCUAGGCUAUUUUAAAGGAUUGUUUUAAUGGUUUAAUGCAGCAAUUAGUUAAAAUUUCUAGCAUUAAGUGAACACAACAUUAAGUAUAAAUGAAAUUUCACAAUACAUGCAUACAUGCAUUAUAAUAACGAAAACAAACAAAUGAAAAAAAAACAAUUUUAAAAUAUUUACAACUUAUGAUACAAAUUUCAAUGAGAACUAAUGGAAAGAAUCCCAUUCUAUGGAGGAAAUAAAUUCAAUUUAUGGAUAAUUACAAAACAA